GAGGGGGGGACAAAAUAAGCAGAGAGAGAGAGAGAGAGGACGAAGAAUUACCUGAAAUUGCAACAAAUCAGGUGAAGAAAGAAACGCAGAGAGACAUGGCAACGAGUGGCAGGGACGCCCGACGACGAAAAAUCGUGGACAGGGGAUCUGAUCGCCUCGCUCUCAUCAGUGGUAGAAUCCAAAAUUUAUCAUCAUCACCAUUAGAACCACAUCAUUCCACCACAGUAUCAUCACCGGAUUUCUCUUUCGAUAAUCUGAAACAACAAUCCCGUCGUUCAACUUUAAGCACUGUCCCUUUUCAUGGUGAAGAAGAUGCAUCUGGCACUGACUCACCAAAAUAUGAGAUCAGAAAUGAAUCUGCUAGCCAUGCUGCCAUUGGCACAAUAAGCAAAAUGGAUCCUCAGCUGCUGAAAUGUGAGACUAGUCCUGAUUACCAAAGAACUGUUCCUCUGGACAUCGACGGCAAAGCACCAGCAUCUAUAACCUUGUCGUCAUCAAAGGCUCAGAAUUUGUCCACUUCUAAGGUCGAUGCUGAACCACCACGUAGUGAACCCCAGAGACUUCACUCCAGAAUUUUCACUGCUAGCCGAAUUAGUUCCUCCAUCUCUGCUUCUGAAAGAAUCCGUCUUCAUUGUUCGAUCGGCAUAGCCCUUAUUGUUGUUCUAUCACAUCUCAGGUUUCCUUUAAUUGGAAGUAACUUUGUAAGGAGCACCAUACUGUCUAAGCCAGUUUAUCUUAUCUUAUUGACCGAUGUUACGCUUGUGCUUGGACGGCUGCUAUUUGAGGAAAAAGGACAUUCUGGCAAGGUUCAAGAAGCAGCAACACAAGAACCUUCUGAGGAUGGGUAUGAUUGGGCAGAUGGGCUGGGUAAGGCCUUAGAGAUGGGGUUGCUUUUGCACAGGGUAAUUGGUGCCGCAUUUUUGGAUUGCAGUGUUUAUUUGGUAAUUGUUGUCUGUGGUCUCUCUGUGGUACAACGUUGGUUGUAAUAUUAACACCUUGAGAUUCUCUAUUUUAUUUGUUUUCCUUUCUCCACCCCUCCUUGGAGGUGUCAGGGAUGUGUGGAGCCAGGAGAGGAGAUCAGGAUCCAACUGCUUCCUGUAUCAUUGAACGCAGAAUUUAUAGUUUAUUUACACAGUUUCCUUUUAUAAA